UAAGAAAGCAUAACCCUUUUCAUAAAGGUCUAUAUAUAUCUUAGUUUCUUAAUCUUCACAAACCAUAAGAGAGCUAUAUUAAUUAUGGGGAGUGCAUCCUUUUCUUCCGAGAUGGUUAAGAUAACAGGUUUUGUGAGUCUCCUAUGCUUUAGCUUCGGUCUUUAUGGGUGCAAAGGGUGUCUCCAGGAGGAGAGGGCUGCUGCCUUACAACUUUGGGAUUUUUUCAACUCACAUGGCUCUACUGUUCAUACGAAGUUGGAGGGAGAUGAUUGUUGUCAAUGGGCAUUUCUGGGGUGCGACUUGUUUAAUUCGACAAACCGUGUGGUCAUCAUUGAUCUUUUCUACCAAAGAGGGAAUAUAAAUUCAGGAGCGGAAAAAUUGUACCCGAAUGCUUCUUUGUUUACUCAUUUCAGAGAGUUACGAACUCUAUACUUAGAUAAGAACAACAUUGGAGGUUGGAUUAUGCCAGAAGCAUUAUGUGAACUAAGGAAUCUCGAAGUGUUGUCUCUAAUUGGGAACAGUCUGGACGAUGGAGGGCUUCCAAGGUGUCUUGCACGCGACCUUCCAUUUUUGAGAGAGAUUUACCUAGAGAGCAAUUCUCUCAACUUAUCAUCUCCUCUUUUAUCAGCAAUAUGUGGAUUAAGGAAUCUUCGUGUGUUAGAUCUAAGCAAUAAUGUUCUAAGUAAUGGAAGCUUUCCACCUUGCAUGUUGGGUAUAUUCUCUUCUUUAGAAGAGCUCUACUUAGGGAACUUUACCCUUGAACAAUCGUCUUCUAAUGUCCUAACAGGAUUAAUAUGUAGAGGGAAGAAAUUUAAGGGGAUAGAUCUAAGUAUGAAUGAUCUUAGUGAUGAAAGAUUACCCUCUUGCCUGUUGCAUAACAACUCUGUGCUCGAAUGGCUUGAACUGUCAUCGAAUAAUUUAAAAGGUUCACUUGGAUUCUCAACAGGGCUUUGUAAACUAAGGAAGUUACGGUACCUGAAUCUUGGAAGCAAUUCAAUUGACAAUAUCAAUUGGACAUGUUUGAGCAGCCAAUUGAAUUCUUUGCAGAGCCUUGAUCUUUCUCAAAAUCAAAUACCAGGCACCAUUCCUCCUUUUGUUUCUAACCUAACCUCUCUUGUCUAUCUUGAUCUUUCCAGUAAUAAGUUGGAAGGAGUGGUCUUCUUCUCUAUGUUUGCAAAUCUUUCAAAACUUGAAGAUAUUAACCUUUCAAACAAUAGAGAGUUAAAAGUUGAAACCGAGUCCCCAACUUGGGUUCCAUCUUUCCAACUAAACUACUUAGGCUUAGAAAAUUGUAAACUUAGGAACAUUCCCCGCUUCAUUACCACCCAAUACAGCUUGUCUACUCUAUCUUUGUCGUACAACUCUCUUCAAGGAACAAUUCCGUCAUGGUUGUUAUAUAAUGCUACAUUGUUUGACUUGUACUUGAGUGGUAACCACUUUCAUGGCCCAUUUCCUCUGCCCAUAAAAAACAGAACAUCAACACUCCAAUAUCUUGACAUCUCCGACAACAAUAUUGAGGGACAACUUCCUGGAAACAUUGAUGUGAUUUUCCCAAAAUUACUCUUCUUUAACAUGUCCACAAACAAACUUGAAGGCUGCAUCCCUCCGUCAUUAGCCAAUAUGAUUGAACUAGAGCUGUUAGACUUAUCGAAUAAUUACUUUGUAGGCGAAAUUCCUCGUAGAUUAACUCAAAAUAAUACUUCCUUGUAUCUUUUAAGCUUGUCAAAUAACAAUUUACAUGCAAUAGGAAGCGUUUCCAACAUGACAGAUCUACAAUUCUUAAGUCUUGAUGGCAAUCGCUUCACAACACUCUUCCCAGUCACUCUAUCAAGCCUUCCUUUCCUUGAGCUUCUAGACGUAAGUAGGAAUUCCAUAUCCGGCUACAUCCAAGAUUGGCUGCCUGCUUUUCCACAAUUGGUCGCACUCCUUAUGAGAGGAAAUCAUUUAGUUGGCUACAUUCCAACAUCAUUGUGUCAGAUGAAGCAAUUACGGUUUUUGGAUCUUUCAAAUAAUCACCUGUCUGGAAGCAUACCUUCUUGCCUCAAUAACAUCACCUCAUUGCUGGAAAAAUCAGAAUUACCACUCAGCACAACAAUAUGGAAUUCCGACUAUAUGGAAGUAAAACUCAAAGUGAAUUUUGCCACAAAGAGAAACUUGUAUUCAUAUGAGGGUCUUCCUCUUACCCAGAUGACAGGGAUCGAUUUGUCUGUAAACCAAUUAUCUGGUCAUAUUCCAUCUCAAAUGGGAAAACUGAGAGCCAUGCAUUCAUUAAACCUUUCUCACAAUUCUCUAUUGGGCUAUUUUCCAGAAUCCUUUCAAGGGUUGGAAAAGUUGGAGAGUUUGGAUCUCUCCCACAACAAGUUGGUGGGAAUGAUCCCUCCUCAAAUUGUUCAACUCUAUUUUCUUGAAAUUUUCAGUGUGGCCUUCAAUCAACUCUCAGGAAAGAUCCCAUAUGAGAAGAACUUUGCUUCUUUCACCCAGGAUAGCUACAUUGGUAAUCCGGGACUUUGUGGACCUCCAACUGAAGUCAAUUGUUCAUCACCUCAACCACCCCAUGAUGAAUACAAGGAAGAAGAUGUUGAUGAACAAUAUAUGUUUCAUGGGGAUGAGCUUCAGAAGGAUAAAGGCAAUCCGAAACUGUGA